GGGCGACCCGCAGCACAGGAGUGGACGUCCUUUCUCCUUCCCACCGCGCAGGUGGUGCGUGUUGCUGAUCCUUCAGGGUUCCUGCUUGUGCUUCAGUCUCUCCUUUCGUGCUCUGACCUGCACUGGUCGGUGGAAUCGAGGGAAGGACGCAGAAGCCGAGGAAAACUCGCAAUGUAUUCACUGGUCUUUGAGGAUGUGGCUGUGAACUUCACCCUGGAGGAAUGGGUUUUACUGGAUCCUUCACAGAGAAAACUCUACAGAGAUGUAAUGCGGGAAAACUUCAGGAACCUGGUCUUAGUAGAAUCACAACAGGAAGACCAUGUCAUUGAUGAUCAGUACAAAAACCAGGGGAAAGAAUUAAGAAGUGCUAUGGUAGAGAGACUCUCUGAAAGUAAAGAUAGUAGUUCAUGUGGAGAAAACUUCAACACUUUUCCAAUUCUUAAACUGAAGAAGAAGACUCCUAGAUUAAAACCAUGGAAAUGCAGUGUAUGUGGAAAAGUCUUCAUGCAUCAUUCAUCACUUAAUAGACAUAUGAAAUGUCACAUUGAACACAAUGCACAAGAGUAUCAAAAGUAUGGUGAGAAGGUACAUAAAUGUGAAGAAUGUGGGAAAGCAUUCAUUUAUCGCAGUUUUCUUAGAACACAUCAAAGGACUCACACUGGAGAGAAACCCUAUGAAUGUCUACAAUGUGGAAAAGCCUUUAUAUAUCAAAAAAGCUUUCAAACACACAAAAGAACUCACACAGGAGAGAAACCCUAUGACUGCAAGGAAUGUGGGAAAGCCUUCAUGUGGUACACAAGCUUUCGAAAACACAUGGCAACACACACUGGAGAUGGACUUUAUAAAUGUAAGAAAUGUGAGAAAGCAUUCAUUUAUCCCUGUUCUCUUAGACUGCAUGAAAGGAGCCACACUGGAGAGAAACCCUAUCAAUGUAAACAAUGUGGAAAAGCCUUUAAAUGUUCUAAAAGUAUUCGAUUACAUGAAAGAAUUCACAGAGGAGAGAAACCCUAUGAAUGUAAUGAGUGUGGAAAGGCCUUCAAUUAUUUUACUUCUUUCCAAGUGCACAAAAGACAUCACAGAGGGGAGACACCCUAUGAAUGUAAAACAUGUUCUAAAGUGUUGAGUACUUCCAGUUCUCUUCGAAAUCAUGAAAGAAUCCACACUGGAAAAAAACCCUAUGAGUGUAAGGAAUGUGGGAAAGCCUACACAUGGUAUAAUAACUUGCAGUAUCACAUGAUAACACACACUAAAGAUGGACCUUAUAAAUGCAAAGAAUGUGAAAAAGUAUUCAUUAAUCCCAGUUCUCUUAAGAUACAUGAAAGGAGUCACACUGGAGAGAAACCAUAUCAAUGUCAGGAAUGUGGGAAAGCCUACAUUUGUCCCUCAAGCAUUCGAAGACACAAAAGAUGCCACACUGGAAAGAAACUGUAUGAAUGUAAAACAUGUUCUAAAGCAUUGAGUUCUCCCAGUUCUCUUCGAGAUCAUCAAAGAACCCACACUUUAGUAAAACCCUAUGAGUGUAAGGAAUGUGGGGAAGCCUUCACAUGGCUCAUAACCUUUCAAAAACACAUGAUAACACACACUGGAGAUGGACCUUAUAAAUGUAAGGAAUGUGAGAAAAUAUUCAUUAAUCCCAGUUCUCUUAAAAUACAUGAAAGGAGUCACACUGGAGAGAAACCCUAUCAAUGUAAACAAUGUGGCAAAGCCUUCAGUUAUUACUACUCCUUACAAGCACAUGGAAGAACUCACACUGGAGAGAAACCUUAUGAAUGUAAACAGUGUGGAAAAGCCUUUAGACGUCAUGAAAGUGUUCAAAUACAUGAGAGAAUUCACACGGGAGAGAAACCUUAUCAAUGUCAACACUGUGAGAAAGCCUUCAGAUAUCACAUUUCUCUUCAAAAGCAUGAACGGAUUCACACUAGAGCGAAACCAUAUGAGUGUAAAAUAUGUUCUAAAGCAUUUAGUUUCCCCAAAUAUCUUCAAAAACAUGAAAGGUUGCAUGCUGAAGAAAAACGCUAUGAAUGUAAAAUUUGUGGGAAAACCUUCACUUCCUCUUAUAUUCAAGUGCAUGAAAGAACUCAUACUGGAGAGAAGCCCUAUGAGUGUCAGGAAUGUGGGAAAGCCUACGUUUGUCUCUCAAGCAUUCGAAGACACAUGAGACUGCACACUGAACAGAAACUGUAUAUAUGUAAAGAAUGUGGGAAGGGCUUCUCUGAUCUCAGUACUUUACGAAAGCAUGAAAGGACUCACUAGAUAAAACCUCUUGGUUUUAUUUAUUUUGGCCGUGCCUGUGGCAUGGGGAAUUUCUUGUGCCAGGGAUGGAACCUGCAUCACAGCAGCAACGCAAGCCACAGCAGUGACAACACCAGAUCCUUAACCCACUGAGCCCCCCAGGGAACUCCAGAGAUUCUUAUUUGUAAACUCUUGGGAAAGACAUCAGUUGGCCCAUAUCCUUAGAUGUGAAAACUCCCAUGGAGGAGCAGUAUAAAUGUAAGUAGCACUAGAUAACUUGAUGGAAAGUAAUCUCUGCAUAAUGUUCCAGAAAAACCUUCAAUAUGGAAAAGUUGUUUUAAAAGUUUAUAAAUAUAUUGUAUUUACUAAGG